AUGAAAUUAUUAAUUCUUCUUCCUUUUCCUUUAUUUAUAUUAGUUAUUACUAUUAUUAGUGUAAACUCGGCAACACAACCGUUAAUCAUAAUUAAAAAAGAAUGGACACCAAUGAAAGCACCAUUGAAUGGAACUAUGGUUCAAAGAUUAGGAAGACAGGGAGUAGAAUAUUACAACAAGCAAAACUCAAAUGUAACUUUAACAUAUAUUAACGUUACAGCAGGUGAAAAGUCUGGAAAAAAAAAAGAAGGAAACAAAAAAAUUAGGCUUACAAUUUUGGUUGCGAAAACAUCUAGUGAUAAAAAAAUUGAAAACAAUAAUUCCUGUGGUAAACUUCGUGCAGUAUUUAACGUAACAAAAGAGGGUCAAAAAAAUAUAAUAAGAGUAAAUCUACUUGAAACAAAAGUAGCAGGAAAUUGUGAUAUCAAAAGCAAGGACAAAAAGCCACAAAAUACUAUAAAAAAUAAAGAUAGUAAAGGAAAAAAAAACUAA